AUGCCCGCCCUGCCGAAAACAUACAAGACUUGGGUGAUCGCGUCGGUAGGCGCGCCCCUGGAGCUCCGAGAGGUUGAGUUGAAGCUACCCGGGCCAGGAGAAAUCUUGGUCAAGGUUCGCGCGUGUGGUGUUUGUUUCACGGAUGUUGCGGUCCAGAAGGGUGAACUGGGUGACAACCUCUUCCCCCGCGUGCCCGGUCAUGAGAUUGUUGGCGAUAUUGUUGCCAUUGGGGAGGGAGUCCAAGGGUUGUCGCUCGACCAACGAAUCGGCGGAGCAUGGCUCGGAGGCCACGACAACGUCUGUCGGUCAUGCCGUCGCGGGCUCUUCCAAGCCUGCAGCAAUGCUGUAUACAACGGAGCCAGCCGCGACGGUGGCUACGCUGAGUACGUCUUGCUUCGGUCCGAAGCGGCUGUUCCCGUUCCCAAGGACAUGGACCCUGCUGAUGCCGCGCCGUUACUUUGCGCCGGGCUAACCGUCUUCAACGCCAUUCGGAAGGCGCACAUUGAGCAGGGGAACUUGGUAGCGAUUCAAGGUAUUGGUGGUCUGGGUCAUAUGGCUAUUCAGUACGCUCGCAAGAUGGGCUACAAGGUUGCCGUUCUCAGCUCCAAUGCCUCCAAGAAAGAUUUGGCGCUGGAGCUCGGCGCCCACGAGUACAUUGAUACUGGCUCGGAGGAUGCGGUAAAAAGGCUCCAGGGACUGGGUGGUGCAGCGCUCAUUCUCGCCACUGCGUCUCAUGGCAAGGCUGUUACCCCACUGACCGCUGCGCUGCAACCAGCCGGAAAGAUGCUCCUCGUGUCCCCUUCCGGUGCCAUGGAGUUCAACACGAACGAUCUCAUCAUGGGAACUUCCGCAAUCCAAGGCUGGCUCACGGGUAAUGCCCUAGAUGCUGAGGAUACGAUCGACUUUGCCCAGACAUUUGGUGUCAAGUGCAUGAUCGAGCGGUUCGCCUUUCAGGACGCCCCAAAAGCAAUGGACUACAUGGUAUCAGGCGCUGUUCGGUUCCGCAGUGUGUUGGUAUUCGACUGA